CAAAAGGAUAUUUAUGCACACUGAAUUGUAUAAUUAUGAAUAAAAUCUUAUUUGCCAGUCUUAUCAGAGUAUAAAGAGUCAAACAUGUGGAAAAUUUGUUCAUAUCUGCUAGUAUAACACAAAUACUACAUUUUGACACACUAUCCUACAAAAUGUCAACGAAACUUCUCGAUACCAACACUCCUAUAAUUCCUUUGAGUGAAUGUCGCCGUUUUAUCACCGACUGUCUCCUAUCUGUGGGAGCUCCAAAAUCCAAUGCCGAAGCCUUAGCUGAUCUCCUGGUCGAAGCAGAUUACAGAGGUCAUUACAGCCAUGGCAUGAACCGAGUCGAAAUGUACUUAUCAGAGAUACAGAACGGAAUCUGCAAAACCGACGCUGUCCCCGAAAUUUUGAAAGAAUCACCGGCAACGGCCUGGGUUGACGGACACAGUGGUUUAGGGGUCAUCGUUGGUAAUUUCUGCAUGGAUCUGGCUAUUCAAAAAGCCCAAAAAGUCGGAGUAGGUUUCGUGGUUUGUAAAGGCUCAAACCAUUACGGCAUUGCAGGAAAAUACGCGCUGCAGGCGAUGGAAAAGGGGUUGAUCGGUUUGAGUUUCACCAAUACUUCACCAGCGGUGGCCCCUACAAGAACUAGACAAGCAGCUUUGGGCACGAAUCCGUUAUCACUGGCCGCUCCAGGACUGAAUGGUGACAGCUUUUGUCUGGAUAUGGCCACUUCGGCUGUUGCUCUCGGUAAAAUCGAAAUGAAGAAAAGGACAAAUUCUGAAAUACCGGCACAGUGGUGGGAUUCUCAAACCGGGGCUUUGCACCCCUUGGGUGGUAGUGAGGAAAAUUCGUCCUAUAAAGGCUACGGCCUUGCCGCUCUUGUGGAAAUAUUUUGCGGCAUUUUGGGUGGAGGCGCCUAUGGGCCCAAUAUUAGAAUAAUGGGGAACUUCGACCGGCUUGCAGACCUUGGCCACUGUUUCAUUGCAAUUGAUCCGACUUGUUUUGCUCCAGGAUUCGAGGCGCGUUUGAGUGACCUUAUGAGUUCCUUGAGGAAUAUGCCUAGUGUUGAUAAGGAAAAGCCUGUUUUGGUACCUGGCGAUUCGGAAAGACUUCACAUGGAAGCUGUGGAUAAAGCCGGUGGGGUGAGAUAUGUGGAAGAUCAAAUGGAAGCUUGCAGAAGAGUUGCCCAAACUCUUAAAAUAAAACCACUAACACCUCUUAAACAAUAAAUAUCUAUUUUGUUUGAAAUUAAAUAAAGACAUUUUCCGUAAA